CUACCCAAAAAAACACAAACCUUUGUCAUUUUAAAUAGUUAACGUCAAAGGGAAAAGAGGUUGAGUCUGGUUUACGCCAAUUCUUCCCUUUUAAUUUCCUUAUUCUAAUCUUCUCUCUUAACCUCAAUCUCCCCAUUACUAUAAAGAACCUUCCCUUUUCCCCUCUCUCUCUUCAACUCUCUCUUCAACUCUCUCUUUUCCCUCCUUUUCUUCUUCUUCUUCUUCUUCUUCUCCUCUCUACUGUUACAGAGUACUAAAGGAAAUCAGACCCAAUUUAGAUAAUGGAAAGGAUGAGUUUUGUCAAAAAUGGAGUAUUAAGAUUACCACCUGGGUUUAGAUUUCACCCUACUGAUGAAGAAUUAGUUGUACAGUACUUAAAACGUAAGGUUUAUGCUUGUCCUUUACCUGCUUCUAUCAUCCCUGAAGUUGAUGUUUGUAAAGCUGAUCCAUGGGAUUUGCCUGGGGAAACAAGGGAAGAAAGGUAUUUUUUUAGUACUAAAGAGGCUAAGUACCCAAAUGGGAAUAGAUCAAACAGAGCAACAGUGUCUGGGUAUUGGAAAGCUACAGGGAAAGAUAAAGCUGUUUUUGGUGGUGGGAGAAGUAACAAUAAUAAUCAUAGUGUUGUUGUUGGUAUGAAGAAAACUCUUGUUUUCUAUCGAGGAAAACCUCCUUAUGGGUCCAGAACUGAUUGGAUUAUGCAUGAAUAUCGCCUUGUUGAUGCUAAUGAUCAACCUCAAUUUAUUUCACGAAUUCUUAAUUCCCCUUUCAACAAGAAUUUGAUACAGAGAACAGGAGAAACAAGAGGGAAUUGGGUGUUAUGCAGAAUUUUCCUUAAGAAAAGGAAUAAGAAUGCAGCGACCAAAAAUGAUGACGAGGAAGAAGAAGAGAUAAUAUGUGAGGAAGAGAAUAAAAAAUAUAAUUUUUAUAAGCAGAAUAUACAGAAUAAGAUAAAAAUGAUAACUAAACUUGAAAAGCCAAUUUUCUAUGAUUUUAUGUCUAGAGACUUGAAUUUGCCUGCUCCUUCUUCCUCCUCAUCAGGAUCAAGUGCUGUCACUAACCACGACGACCAUGACCACCACCACGAUGAUUCGUCGGACGAAAUCGACGAAAGCAGUAGCAGCUGCAGUUGUAAUAGUUUGGCAUAUUUUAGAAGAAAACUUUAACAAUCAAGAAGUAUAGGUCAAUUAAUUAAGUUAUUGUACCCGAGUUUACAAGUAACAAAUUAGAAGUAUAUUAUUAUUAGUAGGGAGUAAUAAUAAGUAAUGUUAAGUUAUUUUAGUGUUUUAUUUUCGUGUUUUAAAUUUCCAACAAAAAGGAAGAACCAAAACUUUAAAGAGGGAGUAUUUAAGGGUUCUACGUCAAGAUAUUAGUGGUAAUUGUCAAAUUUUACAAGCAUUGGAUUCAUUUGUGUACUGCUUUUGGCCAUUACUUCAAAACACCAUUUUUCACUAA